AUGAAUUAUGAGGGAGCCAGGAGUGCGAGAGAGAAGCACGCGGCCGAUGACUCCGAGGGAGGGGCCCUGGACAUGUGCUGCAGUGACAGGCUGCCGGGUGUCCCCCAGCCGGUAGUGAUGGAGGCGCUGGACCAGGCCGAAGGGCUCGUGGACGCGCCGAGAGAGAUGCCACCGCCCCCACCGCCUCCGCCGCCCUCAGAGCCUGCUCAGAAGCCGCCACCUCGCGGCGCCGGGAGCCACUCCCUCACUGUCAGGAACAGCCUGUGCCUGUUGGCUGCCUCCCAGUUCCUGCUUGCCUGCGGGGUGCUCUGGCUCAGCGGUUAUGGGCCCGUCUGGUCACAGAAUGCCACAGACCUCAUCUCCUCCUUGCUCACACUCCUGGAACAGCCGGGACCCAUGGCCUGGCUGGGUGUUGGGACCUGGGAAAUCCCCAGUCUGCUGCUGGUCACUCUGUCUGUGAUCCUCAUUACCACCGUGGCGUGGCACCUCCUGAGGACUCCUCCAGAGCCACACACUGCAGUGCCCCCUGAGGAUAGGCGCCAGUCAGUGAGCCGCCAGCCCUCCUUCACCUACUCAGAGUGGAUGGAAGAGAAGGUCGAGGAUGACUUCCUGGACCUAGACCCCGUCCCUGAGACUCCUGUGUUUGACUGCAUGAUGGACAUCAAGCCUGAGGCUGACCCUGCCUCACUGACUGUCAAGUCCAUGGGUCUACAGGAAAGGAGGGGCUCCAACGUCUCCCUGACCCUGGACAUGUGCACGCCAGGCUGCAGUGAGGAGGGCUUUGGCUAUCUCAUGUCCCCACGUGAGGAGUCAGCCCGUGAGUACCUGCUCAGCGCCUCCCAGGUCCUGCAGGCCGAGGAGCUUCACGAGAAGGCCCUGGACCCCUUCCUGCUGCAGGCAGAAUUCUUUGAAAUCCCCAUGAACUUUGUGGAUCCGAAGGAGUAUGACAUCCCUGGGCUGGUGCGGAAGAACCGGUACAAAACCAUCCUUCCCAACCCCCACAGCAGAGUGUGUCUGACCUCACCAGACCCUGACGACCCUCUGAGUUCCUACAUCAAUGCCAACUACAUCCGGGGCUAUGGUGGGGAGGAGAAGGUGUACAUCGCCACUCAGGGACCCAUCGUCAGCACAGUCGGUGACUUCUGGCGCAUGGUGUGGCAAGAGCACACGCCCAUCAUCGUCAUGAUCACCAACAUCGAGGAGAUGAACGAGAAAUGCACUGAGUACUGGCCGGAGAAGCAGGUGAUGUACGACGGUGUGGAGAUCAUCGUGCAGAAAGUCAUUCAUACUGAGGAUUACCGGCUGCGACUCAUCUCCCUCAGGAGCGGGACCGAAGAGCGAGGCCUGAAGCAUUACUGGUUCACAUCCUGGCCUGACCAGAAGACCCCCGACCGGGCGCCCCCACUCCUGCACCUGGUGCAGGAGGUGGAGGAGGCAGCCCAGCAGGAGGGGCCCCGCUGUGCCCCCAUCAUCGUCCACUGCAGUGCGGGGAUCGGCAGGACGGGCUGCUUCAUCGCCACCAGCAUCUGCUGCCAGCAGCUGCGCCAGGAGGGCGUGGUGGACAUCCUUAAGACCACGUGCCAGCUCCGUCAGGACAGGGGCGGCAUGAUCCAGACAUGCGAGCAAUACCAGUUUGUGCACCAUGUCAUGAGCCUCUACGAGAAGCAGCUGUCCCGCCAGUCCCCAGAGUGA